UGGUAAAAUAACUUACAGGUUUAACAUAGCUAUCUUUUUUCCCCUCUACAGGACCAUGAAUAAUUUCUUGAUGACUGGACCUAAGGCCUAUCUGACCUAUGCCAGCAGCGUGCGAGUGGGCGCACAGAGUGGGAUACAAGAGUGUAAACGCCAAUUCGCUUUGGAGAAGUGGAACUGUCCAGAGAACACGCUUUCUUUGUCCCCACACAACGGCAUGCGGAGUGCCACAAGGGAAACUUCUUUCGUCCAUGCCAUCAGCGCUGCCGGAGUGAUGUACACGCUCACCAAGAACUGUACGGCUGGGGACUUUGACAACUGCGGCUGCGAUGACUCCAAAAUUGGACAGCCGGGCGGUGUAGGGUGGAUUUGGGGAGGAUGCAGUGACAAUGUUGCUUUUGGGGAGAAGAUCUCCAAACAGUUUGUGGACGCGCUGGAAGAUGGGCAUGACUCGCGCGCAGCGGUCAACUUGCAUAACAACAAGGCAGGCAGACUGGCAAUCAAAGCAACCAUGAGGAAAGCCUGCAAAUGUCACGGAGUAUCUGGAAGCUGCACCAUCCAAACCUGCUGGAUGCAGAUGGCCGAUUUCAGAGAAGUGGGCAACUACUUGAAGAUGAAGUACAAACAUGCAAAGGAACUGGAAAUGGACAAGAAAGCGGCGAGAGCAGGGAACAGCGCGGACAACCGAGACGCAGUCACGCACACUUUUUUGAGCGUCGCUACAAGGGAACUCAUUUACCUGGAGAGUUCUCCAAAUUACUGCGUCAAGAACCAGACCCUCGGACUCCACGGUACAGAGGGACGGGAGUGCUUUAAGGAGGACAAGAACAUGUCCGAGUGGGAGAAAAAUAGCUGCCGCAGAUUGUGCAAUGAAUGCGGCCUAAAAGUGGUGAAGAAGCGCACAGAGGUUUUCACCAGCUGCAACUGCAAAUUUCACUGGUGUUGCACAGUUAAGUGUGAAAAAUGCAAGCGAGUUGUAGCCAAAUACUUUUGCGCGCACAAAAGUGGGAGGAAAAAGAACAAAAAAGGCAGGAACAGUGCGCAUCAACAAUGACUGGGAUCUCUUGCAAAAUUUGAACUCUUCACAUUAUUCGAUAAAUAUGAUUUUCAUCAUAUUAACCAGUUUUAUAUUUACGAACUACAUGAGAAAUUAUUCUGCAUCACAUGAAUGUUAUUUAAAUUUUUUAGCUAAAGUCCUUUAAAGCACCUUUCCCCCCUUUAGUUUUGAAUGGAGUGUGUAUAGGUCAAAUUUUGUCUUGUGGACCAAAAUCUCCAAGCAUUGGAGCAACAGUAGCAGUGUUGGGAACUUGGGAGUUCCGAGGAUGUUUGUUCGCUGUUUAUCACGUGUGACUACUGAAAUUGGUUUAAUAUUUAA